GGCAGCAAAUGCCGCGGAUAUGGCGAGAGUUAAAGUGAAUUACGAGACUUUUAAGGGAUGGCAGACAUGUAUAGCCAAAGUCCGCAAAUUUGGUGAUUUGCCGAAGAAUGCUCAGGACUAUGUGCGGGCUGUCGAACGCUUAGUGAAUGUGCCGGUCAAAUGGGUUGGUGUGGGCCCUAAACGCGAGGCUAUUAUUACGCUUUAUGUCGAGUUCAUGAAGUUCAGUACUACAGCUUCUCAGACUGAGACCAUGUAUUGGCCGUUGUCUGAGAACUCAAUGGCGUUGACACAUCCGUAG